UGAGUCACCGAGAACAGACAGCUGAACCCGGGAGAGGGCAGCAGGAAAUAUCGAGGCUGCAGUUUGGGAAAGUAACGAAGGGGGUAAACACCAGGGAAUACUUGGGAGGAGGAAGUGGGACUGGGCACAGGGACGCGGCUUUGGAUUUUAGAAACCUGGAGAAGGCCUCAGCAAGGACCCGCAGGUUUUAGGAGCGAAAGUAACUGGUUUGGCCCCGGGGAAACGCAGUCGAGGUCCAGGAUCCGCAGCUUGCCGGGGGGGUAACGGGGAGGGAGGAUGAAGAAAUUCCGUCGCCACGGUCAGGAAUCCCACCGAGACCGCCUCAAACAAGAGCUCUACCAGUUCAAUAAGACUGUGGAGCAUGGAUUCCCCCACCAGCCCAGCGCCCUCGGGUACAGCCCCAGCCUGGACCUCCUGGCCAUCGGAACCCGAUCAGGAGCCAUCAAACUAUAUGGAGCUCCAGGCGUUGAGUUCAUGGGGCUGCAUGAGGAGAACGCCGCUGUCACACAGAUACAUUUCCUCCCCUAUCAGGGCGAGCUGGUCACUCUGCUGGAUGACAACAGCCUCCACAUGUGGACCCUGCGGGCUCACCAGGGCCUGUCAGAGUUGCUGGAGGUUGGGCGCUUCACGCUGACUGGCCCACCGGGUGCCCCCCCCAGUGUGACGCGGGUGACGGCAGUGCUGGCACACUCUUCAGGGGAGCUGCUGUUCCUGGGCACGGAGGGUGGGCACGUCUUCGUGGUGGAGGUGCCCGUGUUCAGGGAGCUGGAGGAGCGUAACAUCAGUGUGGAGGCCGUGCAGCAGAGGGUACCGGAGGACUAUGUGGGGCGCAGAAAUCUGGAGUGUGUGGAGGCCCUGCAGGAGAACCCCCAGAACGAAAACCAGAUCCUUAUUGGCUACAGCCGCGGGCUCAUGGUCGUCUGGGACCUGGAGAGGAACCGUGCCACCCGGCACUUCCUUGGCACGCAGCAGCUAGAGAGUGUGUGGUGGACGCAAGAUGGACACAUCUUCAGCUCUCACAAUGACGGCAGCUACUGCCAGUGGACGGUGGCCAGUGGGGAUGACCAACCCGAGCCAGACAAGCAGGAGACGCCGUAUGGUACUUUCCCAUGUAAAGCUAUUACUAAGAUUGUCCAGCUGCCCACCAAACAGGGUCUUCCCUUCCUGAUUUUCAGUGGGGGGAUGCCGCGGGCGAGCUAUGGCGACCGUCACUGUAUUUCCAUCAUUCACAGCAAGAUACAUGUGGCCUUGGACUUCACCUCUCGUAUUAUUGACUUCUUCGUCAUCACUGCUGGAGCACAGGGCAAGGGAGAGCCGAGUGCCCUGGUGGUGCUGGUAGAAGAGGAGCUGGUCGUGGUGGACCUGGAGACAGACGGCUGGCCAGUGAUCCAGACCCCUUACUUGGCCCCCCUGCACUGCUCGGCCAUCACCUGCUCCCACCAUGUUUCCAACAUCCCCCUCAAGCUGUGGGAGCGCAUCGGCGCAGCCGGCCGGCAACAGUACACACACUAUUCCCCCAGGCCCUGGCCAGUGAGAGGAGGCAAGAAUGUGGCCCCAGACCCUCCACAGAGAGACCUGCUUCUGACUGGACACGAAGAUGGCACUGUGCGGUUUUGGGAUGCCUCAGGAGUGUGCCUGUACCCUCUAUACAAGCUGAGCACAGCGGGGGCGUUCCACACUGACGCCGACCCCAAUGACAACAUGAACCAGGGGGGCGAAGGGGAGUGGCCUCCUUUCCGCAAGGUGGGCUGCUUUGACCCCUACAGUGAUGACCCCAGGCUGGGAAUCCAGAAGAUCCACCUGUGUAAAUACAGCGGGUACCUGGCUGUGGCUGGGACUGCCGGACAGAUCCUGGUGCUGGAGCUGAACGAUGAGGCUGCAGAGCAGGUAGUGGAGGGCUCUUUGGCAGACCUUCUGCAGGGCCAGGAGGGCUUCCGCUGGAAGGGGCAUACGCGGCUGGAGGUGCGCGAGGAGGCCGUGCCCUUCCCCGCUGGCUUCCAGCCCUUUGCCCUGGUGCAGUGCCAGCCCCCUGCAGUGGUCACCUCGCUGGCCCUGCACUCCGAAUGGAAGCUGGUGGCCUUCGGGACCAGCCACGGCUUUGGCCUGUACGACUACCAACAGAAGAACACCGUCCUCGUGAGGUGCACUCUGAACCCCAGUGACCAGCUGGCGCUGGAGGGGCCCCUGUCCCGUGUGAAGUCCAUCAAGAAGUCCCUGCGCCAGUCCUUUCGCCGGAUCCGCCGCAGCCGCGUAUCGGUCAGGAAGCAGCAUGCGAGCAACGCCGCCAAGAUCCAGGAGCUCAAUGCCCGGCUGGAGGCGGAGGCGCUGCAGGAGAUGGAGCUGGCUCCGGUGCAGAGGAAGAUCGAGGCGCGCUCCUCAGACGACUCCUUCACAGGCCUGGUGCGCACUCUCUACUUCGCGGACUCCUUCCUCAGCGAUGGGUUACACAACACCCCCUCUCUGUGGGCUGGCACCAACGGUGGCUCUGUCUUUGCCUACACUCUCCGCAUCCCAUCCAGUGAGAAGAGGACGGAGGAUCCAAUCACUGCACACGCUGCAAAGGAGAUCCAGCUGAUGCACCGUGCUCCAGUAGUGGGCAUCGUGGUUCUGGAUGGUCGAGGGGUGCCCCUGCCUGAGCCCCUUGAGGUGGCACACGACUUAGCACGCACCCCUGAAAUGCACGGGUCACACCACCUGCUGGUCAUCUCCGAGGAACAGUUCAAGGUAUUCACCCUCCCCAAGGUGAGUUCCAAGAUGAAACUGAAGCUGACGGCGCUGGAUGGGUCGCGGGUGCGCAAGGUGGGGGUGGCGUCUUUCGGGAGCAGUCGCGUGGAAGAUUACAGCGAGAGUGGUCUGGUGGUGCUAACCAACCAGGGAGACCUGCACGUCAUCUCCCUGCCAAACCUCAAGAUGCAGGUCCGCUACCCCUGUAUCCGCCGCGAGGACGUCAGUGGCAUCGCUUCCUGCGUCUUCACUAAAUACGGCCAAGGCUUCUACUUGAUCUCCCCCUCGGAGUUUGAACGCUUCUCCCUGUCGGCUCGCUGGGUGGUGGAGCCACGCUCCUUUGUUGAGGUUCCUCCAGCCUCCUCUGCGUCCAAACCCCUGUCCAGAGCUCAGCCUGACGGCGCAGCCGUCCAGCCUAGAUUGAAAUCCAGGGGCCACAAUGAAGAUAAUGAACAUAUGAGUUUGUCCCCGAAGGUGAUGGAGCACGCCUUACUCAACGACGAGAAAGUGCUGCAGGAGAUCCAGAGAUCAUUGGAAGGAGAUCAAAUGAGUUACAUGGAAAACAAUGCAAAAAGCAAAGGUGCAGGAGGGAAGGUGGUCACUAACGGAGAGUGACCUGCUCUGUGCCUGGCUGAAGAGUUAACCUGCUCUGGCCACUCUCACGACACUACUGACUCCACCCCCACCCCCACCGUCCUGGAGUGGGUACGAAUCACACUGCUACUGUACGAGGAGGGAGGAGGGACCACCACCAGUGCCUCUGCUAACUGUCUCCGCCUGCCUUCUGAACCACUGUACACCCCACCCUGGACCGCCCAGCCUGCGGGCUGGAUUUGCACAACUGCUGCCCUCUUGAGAUCCAGGAGGAAUCGUUCCAGACUGUCUUGUGUAUCCAGAAGAGUGGUUCAUAUUGCCUGCGUUUCACUGUUGUUCUAAGGCCGAUGUGUUACUUGGGCUCCUUCAUGCGUGCCAUCGUUUGCCAUGAUGACUAAAUUCAAGAAAAAAAAAUAACAAGAGGGGGUUGACUUCCACUGCUUCAAACGACUGACAAAUCAUAGAAAAAGAGAUCAAGUCUAAAUUAUCUGGAGCAGUCCUAGAGACAACUGAUAAGAGUGACUAAGGUGUACAAUAGGCUUCUUUUGCACAAACAGCUGGCGGAAGCUGGUAAUACUUAAACCCCCCUCUUUGGUUAAAGUGGUUGCUGAAUGGACCAAACUGAGGUUUAAGGGAAAAGGGAUACUUGAGAUUUUGUGAACCUUAACUCUAAUCUAAGACUUCUCAAACUAAGGGGAAGUGCCUUGGGGAAGUGUUUAUGUGCUGCACACUCUUUAGUCCACAAUAUGUAUCCCUUGUACUUCUUUUACAUUUUUUCCUGACACCUCUUCACUUUUGCUGACCAACUUGGACAAAUCUGUUGAGAAGUAGCAGAGAGCUGCACAAAAUGCCUUUAACAGGAUAUGAAGUAAGGAAAGAAAAACACAAAAUGGAGAAAUGCAGAUGUAUGUACUACUCUCCCUGCCACUAGGCACACCGGACAGUAUUCCCAAAGCAUUAGUGUUCCAGUCUGCCUUUGGCCUCACAAGUCCUGACUGUCACACUAGUGGUUUAAGAGUGCAGUCCAUAGAUUUUUAUUCUUGGAGGUACUUUUUCACUGCUGUGUAGCACAUAUUUUGUAUUUUUGGGGGACUUUUUUAAGACCUUCUUGGGCUGUUUUGAUAAUUUUAUUUUUUUCACAAUGGAAAAUGUAAUUUAGGAAUGUACUUUUUAAUAUUUUAGGCAAAUUUUUAAUAUAUACAGUAUAUGUAUGAAAAUCUGUACUUGUUUUUACAAAGGGUUUUUGGGUGGCUGCUAUUCUCUUAGUAAUCUGACAAGCAAAUAUUUUGGUACUGUCUUUUCAAAAUGUGGGGAAUUUUUUUAGUGUUUUCUAGAUUAUAUUUUUGUAGCGAAUCAAUGAGAAUGGAAGACCCUAAUUAUGACUUCUAACUUCACACACUACAUCCUGCUGCAGGAAUAAAUGUUUUUCACAACA